AUGUACGAGCCCACGACCGCGCUGUCUUUGCACCGCCUGAGCCGGCAAAGCCUCCAGAAGCGUUAUGAGUCCGAUGAGGAGGAUGUCUCCGAGUCUGAUGCCGGCGGCCACGAUUUUGUUCCUUCAUUGGCAGGCUCUCGACGAGCCGGGACCUUCGACUCUGAUCUGAGUGCUGACGAGAACUCGCAUGUGGAUCCAGAUUCGGACCGGGAGGAGCAGCUGUUGGCGCCGUAUCGAGGAGCCAAGCGGCAACGACCUCUCUCCAUGGAUACCGUCAAGCGGAGCAGCGAUGUAAGCUUCGUGGAAGAUGCAUACGUCUUCGACCCUGAAGACGGGAUGGUGCUCGAGCUGCCUUCGCCGGACAGCCCUGCUCCGCUCGCAUCGAGUCUCUUUCUGCAGCCUACUAUCUACGUGUCGCCUAAUACCCCUCUGAUCAACAACGCCAGGUCUCGCUCAUCCUCACUAUCGUCUACAUUCUCGGUGGAGAAUGCCGAGAUCCAGUCGAAGAACGCCCGAUCGCGGCCUAGCCGGUCUCGCACACGGGGAAACCCCAGAGACCGCGAGUCCCGCAUAUUCGGCGGAAGAUUCGAAAACGGACUCCAAGUCCCACGGCUGACUGAGAUCCAGUCUUCAGCCCCUAGAGACAAUGAGAGUGCCGAGUCCACCUCAGAUGAUGCAUCUACGAGUACGACAUUUGCCAUGCCCUCUAUAAAAGACAGUACGCCCGGUGCUCUUCAAAGUGCAACCAUCAACCGCGUCUCCGAGAUCCCAGUGGUCCCAUACCUUCCCCCCUCACCACGGAUGCGACCACAGUCCGUGUACCGCCCACGGCCUCGCACCUCCGGUUCCGAGAAGACCUUACCAAGCAUGACCACAUCACGCCCACGACACCCCACAGAAGCAGACCGGCGGCCUCCUUCAAUUCGCAGCAGCAGCAACAGCAGCAUGCCCUCCUACACCUCGCGCCCCGCGUCCCCCUUCCCGUCAGACCUAGGCUACAUCCCAGAUCACUACAGCGAUGGCGGGUCCUUCCUCUCACGCACCUGCAGCCCAGUAUCCUGCGCUUCCUCGCCGCCAACCUCCUACCAGCCCCAGCCCCAGCCCCAGCCUCCGACACGCGGCCACGGCGGCUCCAAAAGCAGCGUAUCGCAUACCCUCGCCCAACGCUCCCCCAUGAUGCGCCGCAUGACCCGCAAGCACGGCGCGUCGUCCAGCAUUCACUCCACGAGCAGCCUGCGCUCAGAAAUGGAUACCAUUAGCAGCAACAGCGCGGGCUUUGUGGCUCCCGACGCGGCUCUGAGCAGCCCGAUGCCGCUGAUUGCGAUGAACUAUGAUUCCCACGUUGUCCGGAAACCAAGUCAGCGUCGACAUGCGCGGCAUAAUAGCGCUGCACCGGGCGGACGCAAGUUCAUGGGCCUGAAGCUAGGGAAGAAGACUUUUACGAAGUUCUAA